UUUGACCGAAAUGCAAAAAAGAAAAAAAAAAGGCUUAUUGUCUGUGCAAAUUUACCCACACUGCUCUUUCCUAUCUCUGCCGUGUUCGGUUGCUUUUUGUUUCUUUAUCAUGGACUUGAUAGAGCGACAAAGUGGCUGGCAUUGAAGGGGGGGAAAGGAGAGAAAAAGGUUGCCAAAACCCCAGAAAAGAGGCACACCAAGCUGAUAUUGAAGAGAAGCGGGAGACAAAUUGGGGAGCAUCCGCCUCGCAGACCGGAAUCCCUCCAUGUAACAACAGACAUGGCUACGGAAAGUUUUGCUGGCUUCUUGGACAAACUCAAGGAAAUUCAUGAGAAAGAAGUGCAGGGCCUGCAGAGCAAACUGAACGAGCUGACCAAUGAGAAAUGUCGAGACACUCAAAGAAUUGAAGAACUGUUUGCUAAAAACCACCAGCUACGAGAACAGCAAAAACUCCUUAAAGAAAAUGUGAAAGUACUUGAAAACAGGUUGCGAGCUGGUCUCUGCGACAGAUGUCAGGUGACCCAAGAACUUGCCAAGAAGAAGCAACAUGAGUUUGGGAAGGCCCAUUUCCAGAGUCUUCAACUCAUCUUCAUCCUCACCAAUGAAACGAAUAAACUGAGAGAGGAAAACAGGAAUUUGAAGGAAGAACUGAAGAGGCUUUGCGGCACAGAGGACAAGCCAAGAUCUUUCAAGGGACCAUCAAGAGAAGGAAGUGCUACCCCAGACUCACCACUACCCUUGGUCUCCAUGCGGAGUAGGAAAUCAAGCCCUAAGAAGACUGCAGGCAAUGAGGCAGAAGAUGAGAGUGCUCAGUCUCCAGAACAGAGAAUUACUUCUCCUUGUGCCAGGAUCUCUCCUAACAUUCUCCAGGGAGAACAUGCUCUGGAGUUGAGUUCUCAGAGGAUAGCAAACCAACUGCAUGGGACAAUUGCAUUGCUGAGGUCAAGAUCCAGCUCACAGGAAAGUGAUGGGACAGGAAAGGCCACUCCACCCCUUGCAAGCCAAACCCCACCAUCUCCACAGACGGAUCAGAGCACCAGCUUUGAAGAUUAUUUCAGAGCCAGCAAAUCAGACCGCCAUGAAAUUGCUUCAUCUUACGAGAGGCUGAAGCUCGCCACCAGGAAGGAGCAACUCUCCCUCCUCAACCAACACUUUGCCCUGCAUCAUCUUGGAGUCCGGAACAACCCCAACAGCAAAGAAAAUAGUUUCCUACCUCGCUUAUUGACGCCAAGAGAAGUGGGAGGCCGAAGAAGGUCACAAGACGAGUGGGAGGACCCCGCUGCCCUCUUGAACUUGCCUGGUGCAGUGAUGUACAUGAAGGACCACCACCUGGAGAACAGGUUCCAUCUUCUUAAACACAAAGAGAAGCUCCAUUCUUUAUUGACAGAAAAGCAGCUACAAGAAUGUAAAGCCAGAAUGCAGGAGAGCUCAGAUCAGACCCCACAGCGAUCAUCUCCCCCACUGCCGAGGACUGGCAAGGAGUGCAAAAAGGAGAGAGUCUUUUUGGAAGAGUCUCCCCAUGAGAUGCUGGGCAAAUUGCUCUCGUUCCACAAGGAGGACCUCGAACAAGCAGAAGAGGCAGAGGCUGUGAGGGACUAUUUCACUGAUGCACCGCUGGACUUAUCAGAUUCUGGGAGAGGGAGAGGAAGCAUGAAGGCCAGCAACUGCCCACCGACUUUCAGGGACUAUGACGUUGGGAGUCCAUGCAAAGGCCAGAAGGAAGAGUCUUUCCUACAAAAAACUUGCCUACCCAGCUGGCCCCAGAAGAAGAAGCAUCUUCAUGGGAGCAAUGAAUCAGAGCAGCAACUCAGCCCCAAGGAGACCAUUGUGGUCUCUCCGGUCUCUUUACGACCAGAGCUUCCUGCUUCCCAUCCCAUCUCAGGCAAUGCCACAACUGGCUCAGAGACAAAGGCGCCUCUCGGAGCAGAGCAGAAACGAAGUGACCAAGCAGAUGAUGGAGAUUCUGAGUCAACGAAGGAAGAAUCGGAGUCCGACACUUCAGGGAGUGAGAUGAUGGGUGCCUAUGAGGACGAAAGCCAUCCGGGGGCUUCAAUGGCAGACAAAUACUGCUGCCAAAGGGCGGCCAUCCAGCGAUCACAAAGGAAGCGGAGAAGAGGAUCAGAUUCAUGGACAGAAGCGGACUCCAAAUCAGCGAGAAGUGGACAAAAUGGCAAAGCAACCCAGGACCCGGCUGAUCUACAAGAUUCUGCGAAGGACAUGACCAGCCACAGCCCUGCUUUCAGGCACAGUGACAAUGAGGAAACAUAGCCUGUGUUGGCUUUCCAGGAUAAGAUCCGAUGCUAGAGCUGGAGUCUCUAAAUGACUGUACUUCUUCUCACUGGCAUUAACCCAGAUGGACAGCCUGCGUCUGCGCAUAGAACUCUCAGGCACCAUUGGCUUCACUCCUUGAUCCACAAAUGAAUUCAUGAGGACUAGUCAUUCAAUAGAAAGCCAGUACAAUGCAGAGGAUAAAAUGAACAAUUAGGACACAGGAGACCUGGUUUCAGAUUCCUGCUCAGCCAU